AUGGCCCAAUACGCAGUCCCACCCCCAUCCAAUCUGAGCCCGACGACCUCCAACACCCACUCGACCGCUGCCGCCGCUGCAGCACAGGCACAGGCACCGGCCCAGGCACAGCCUGGGACGGCCGGUGCACCCCCCCAGCAUAAACGCGUCUACCAGGCCUGCAUCCCGUGUCGCCGGAGAAAGGUCCGUUGCGAUCUGGGCAGCGUCGACAACCCCCACGACCCGCCCUGUGUACGAUGUCGCCGCGAGAGCAAGGAGUGCUUCUUCAGCGCUACUAGGCGGAAGCGCAAGACCGAGGAUGGCGACGACCCCGACGCAGAUGAUGUCGACGACUACACCGUCCGCAAUGGCCGUAAACGCGUCCACGUCAGCGGUAGCCCCCCCGUCACCAUCGACCACCGCCUCUACAGCGAAGUACCCCUUACCCCGGGAGGCUCCAUGGGCCGGAAUCAACCCUUGCGCCGCCCGACCUCCAUCGGCGGUACCCCAAGCACGACGAGCCAGGCCGACAGUCGCCAGCGCGCCGACUACAUUAUGGACGAUGAACCCAACGCCCAGCUCGAGAAUCGCGAAGCCCAGGAUCUCAUGCGACCCGGCGUCUACGGGCCGCACGACGCCUUGGAUCUGCUCUAUAAGGCGGCCACGGAUAGGUCAGUCCAGCUCAGCAAGGUCCAAGACCCAGCUGCUUACCACUCCUCGGCCUAUAGUCCUGCAACCAACAACCACAAGCGCCACGAGAGUGUUGCUUCUAUACCUGUCAUACCGCAGCAGCCUCUCAUCGUGACACCUGGAGCAACCAUGAAGCCUCGGGUCAACAGCCGGCCGCCUGCCCCGGUCAAGCUUGCGCCGCAGCCCAUUGACCCAGAACUGACGCGGCGCGACCUCUCCGGCGAGCCUGGCUACCAGGAUGCCAUCAAGGCCUGGGGGAGGUUCAGAUUCGUCAGAGCCGGCUGGUUUUCUGCGCAGGAGGCCAUUGAAUACAUCGACUACUACUACGAAUAUCUAUCACCGCUCACCCCAAUCUCACCCCCGACCUUCCGUAACCCCGCAUCGCAUAUCACCCUCCUGACGGAGGAACCCAUCCUCACCAUUACACUCCUCACAAUCUCUUCGAGAUAUCGGAAGAUCCCCGGAACCGGUGGCCACUGCAGGUCACACGCCAUCCACGAGCAGCUCUGGACGUACCUUCGUGGCAUGAUUGAGAGGUGUCUCUGGGGUCAAGAGGCUUUCGGGGGUGGAUUUGCCGCCAUGGCUGGUGCGUCAUCUCUUCCCGACGAUCAAUCGAGUAGCACGGCGCCCUGGCGAGGAAUGAGGAAAGGCAGUCUACGGACCUUGGGGACGAUUGAGUCCUUGAUGAUCCUUACCGAGUGGCAUCCUCGUGCGCUUCACUUCCCACCAGCAGAGGCCAUCGAUGAGCUUAUGCUUCCUUCAUAUGAGGGCAGUGACCUGAUUAGCACCGAUGAAAACGGCAACCAAAGGCCGUCUGCCAAUAUCGGCGGCAAGAGGCUUGACAGCUGGCUCGAGCCCGCCUGGAGGAGUGACAGGAUGUGCUGGAUGCUUCUCAGCACCGCCAUGGGUCUAGCCUACGAACUCGGCGUGUUCGACGACAUCGACGAGCUGUUGCGCGACGGCGCCAUUUCGCGUCCCGAGUACGAGGAGGAGGUGUACCGCCAACGAGCCUACCGCAUAAAGCGCUUGCUCUUGAUCUAUCUGACCCAGCUGGCUGGCCGCCUCGGGUGGACCAACAUGGUGCCCGAAGCCCUUCGUAGGAGCGACCCGGCCGUGACUCGUCGUCGCCCGGCAUCGACGGAAGGUACCACGCCCGGGACCAACCCGUCGUCCAUGUCUAAUGCCUUCAACUACAUUCCUGACCUCGAGCUGGACGAUCAAAUAAUACAUUGCUGGGCUGGAAUCAGCAACGCUAUGCAUAUUGGGAACGAGAAGCUGUUCAAAUCGCGCAAGCAUACCACCGACAUCAUUCAGAGCGGCAAGUACACGGAGAUGUUGAAAGAUUUCCAGCCGUUGCUUCAGGACUGGUGGAAAGAGUUUGAGCGUUACAGGCUGCCGCCUUACAUCAGGCACAUCCUCACCAUCGAGUAUGAAUACGUGCGUAUCUACGUCAACUCGUUGGCCCUGCAGGCUGUCGUCGAGCGGUGUACCAAUAAUGCCGGUCACACAGCAGCGCAUGUGAGCCAAGGCGCCCAUGGCAACCACAACUCAGGGAGCGCGGCGCAGCUGUCACCCCAAACGCAGAACUACUUUGGUAAACUACCUCUAGGCCAGCUGGGUGGCUUUGGCGCAAGUGAUCAGGAGUACAUUAAGGAGGUCAUCACCGGCUGCCGGAACCUGCUCCGAACCGUUGUGGAGGGCCUCCUCCCAGGCGACUAUCUCAAGCACGCCCCCGUGCGGACGUACUUCCGCAUCAUCAGUGGAGCCAUGUUCCUGCUCAAGACCUUUGCCCUGGGCGCUCCGCGGUCGGAUGUCAAGCUCAGCAUUGACUUGAUGGAUGAGACAGUCAAGGCCCUCCGUAAUUGUAUCGUCGACGAUGUUCACCUGGGCAUCCGAUUCGCAGACCUACUCGACUCCCUGACCAGUCGGCUUCGCAACCGGUUCAUCCAGGCUCCAGCUCUGGGGAAGGCUUCUUCUGCGGAUGGAAGGAGCCCUGACCCGCAUGCCGUCGCCAACGGUGCUACCGGUGCCAACGGUCAACAAGCCGACGGUGGCGACGGCCAAAACUGGUCCAGCCACCCCACGAAGCCACGAGACGGACUCGCUGUACACGAAGAUCCUGCUAACAUCUCCGCAACGCCCUUCGACCUUAGUACGGGCAACUUUCCCUAUCCAUCGGGUACAGCCUCGGUCCUUGGACCCUCGACGCCGGCACCACCGCCUGAGAACGGCGCCACCGCUGCAGGGAGCAGCAAUAACGCACCGACGACGGGAAUGGACAACCUCUUCGACUCGACGGACUGGAACAACCCGGGCAACGAAAUGUGGUACCUACCACCCGGCCCGGCCUUCUUCCAGAACAUAGACAACACGGCCGUCGCCAUGACCGCUGAGGGCGUCAACGUCGGCGGCCUCGAUCUGCUCGAGUACAUGGCCAUGGACACGGGUUUUCCCUCCAUGGACGGACCCUCGUCGUACCCCUGA